CCCAUCUCAUCCCUUCUCGCUUCCCGCUUUUCCACUUCCCACCAAUCUAUAGUUAUACCUUACCUCCUACAACACUUACAUUUCUUACCCCCAAUUCUGUAAUCACCCCAAGUCAUACCUAUCAGGUACUCAGUGACGAGCUUGUGUAACAACAUCUCAUCUUUCAAUUCACAUCGCGAUUAUUACAAUCAAUUACUAGGUAUAAUCAACCAAUCACCAUGCCGCGACCCAAGAGAAGUCGCGUCGCGUCGACUCGAAUAGUCGCAAAAGAAACAAGUCCAGUACCCAUUGCAGUGCCAGGAAAACCCAUUCAAAAUGACUCGGAUAUUUACGACCUGAGUGACCGCGAAAAAGAUAAAGCCAAACAGAGACGGGAAUCAUUACACGGUGUAAAUACUACACGAACGCGAUCAACAUCUGCACACCAGACGAAGGCAUUAGAUGCUGCGCGACAGCGACGCGAUUCUGCAAUGGAUCGACUAGAGAACAUGACAUCCACAUCGAGCAACCAACCGGAUCGACCCAAUGAAGAUUUAGAUUCCUCCAUUGAAUUUGGGCGCAAGGUUUCCAUAACCCCACAACGUAGGAGGAUUGGCGACUUGUCGGGACUAGAUUUGGACGACGAUGAUUUUGACGAUCUCAAUACUACUUUUGACACUGCCGGCCCGGCUAGUGCACAACGAUCGGCUGACACGUCUUCCAUGUCUGCGAGCUUAUUCAAGCGACGACCUCGCGCAGGAAGCUUUUUAAGCAGAGAGGACGGCUACAUUCGACCAAGCAGCCGAACCGGUCCCAACACACCCGGCCUUAGUUCAACGUUCAACAUUGGUGUCUUCAAGAGGAGAGUUCGGGAGCCUAGCAUUCUAGGCACCGCACAAAAGCCGCGCCCACAGAUGAUUGAGCCUGAACCUGAGUCGCCAUCUGAGGAGGAAGACGAAGAAGAGGAAGAAGAGAUCGCCAACCAAGACGGGUUUGCACCUGAAGCUCAGUCAACUCCUUUGAUGCGCUCUAAGAGACGCUCGGGAGAAACUGAAGCCAACCCUACAUCGCCCCAACCCGGGCCAAACACGGUUUCUCGCAAGCGAAAGUCUUCAGAAGGUCAUGAGCGUCGCGCUCGAUCCUCGCCAUUCCAAGCGAAAGAGCCCACCGAGGAUGUAGUACAACAAACAGACUCAGAACUCUCAUCCCUGCCGUCCACUCCACCUCGGCAAACCAGUAGACCGGUGACACCUAUUAUGGACGAAGAGCUGAUGGCCCCACCCUUAAGCAGUAGUUCAUCCGCAGGCGACUCCGAGAUCUGGCCGCCUCUACAAUCACUCGCAAGGGGUCGCACAAAACGCCCAGUCUCGGGUCUUCGAAGGACUCCAGUUCGCGACGACAAUGUCUCCGACAUUUCCUCCCCACCGUCUCUUACCCAUUCGCCAAAUUACCGCGAGCCAUCCCCACCACCAAAGCGGGCAACGAAAUCAAGCCGCAGAGCCGCAGCUUCCAAGUCAGAAGCAAAAAUUACUACUGCGGAUCUAGCCGGUUUGCUACCUCGUCGUCGGCGUAGGAAUGUGACAGUCGAUGAGGAUUCAGACGCUGAAAUCGACAUUUCUGGCCUGGGAGAUAAUGAUGAUGAACUCUCGUAUCUUGACGUACGAGCUCGGGCGCAUCCGGCGCGAUCAUCAUCGCGUCCAGGAAACACCAGAAACCGAAAUGGCUCGAAGGGGGGAUCGACUUCGCGCGGCAAGGGGAAGCAGGUCUCUAGCUCGGCUAAUAAAAAGACCGCCAUAACUUAUAGUCGAAAUUCGGAUAAAGAGAACCAAGAGGAAGAAGAUGUCGAGGGAGAGGAUGGUGGCUUGGGCCCCGAGGUGGAUGACGACAUCGAGGAGGACACCCAGCAACUGGUUGCGAGAGUGGGCGAGGAGCUUAAGGAUGCGGCCCGCAAGUUCCAGGAGGUUGACAAGUGGCAGCUGGAUUACGAGGAGAUGACACAAAGUAGUUCUCCACGAGAUGCUCGUUGAGCUGUGUUGAGCUGUGUUGAGUUGUGUUGAGUUGCGGCGUGUUGCGAGUAGUCUUGGAGGAAGAAGGAAGGAGUUGAAGGGGAAAAAAACGGAGGCGUACUUAUUCAUGAUGGACGACCAUUUUUCAUACAUUGUAGCUGGGUCACUGACGGAUCCAUGUGCUCUCAGUUAUUGCUUCGCAGUUCUAAGGCGUCAGUCUACGAGGGCUAUAAGAUAUUUAGUCACCUAAAUGUGCACAGGUGACGUUUUGGAGUGAGCUGUUAGCUUCGAUACCUAGGCAUGAUUAUCGAGUAUCAAUCAGCGUCUAGUUUGCUAUCCAGAAUCAAAUCGUGGAUCAUGCCUCGGCAGGUAGCAGGUUAGCUAAAUAUUCAUAUAAAUGCAGAGUUUUGCCUCUGCCCUGGAUGCUUCUUUGCUGUCUCGAAAUCCUACAAACAGUA